UAUCUGAAGUGGGGGUAUUCCCGCACAUGGUGCCACGCCUAUUUAGCGCAGAUGCGUGACUUAAGUCUUAAAAAUCAAGUGCUUAUGUAUAUUUAUUAAAAAAAAUUAUUGCGGGUUUAUUUGGUGCCCCUAAAGUCUUGGUGCCCCUAAAGUCUUGGUGCCCCUGGGUACUCGCCCAAUUGCCCAUAUGGUUAAUCCGCCUCUGGUUUUAUAACCAGAUGUUGACCUCACAUGUACCUCAAACUGAAACUAGUCAGCGAAGUUCCGAUAACACGACUAGUUUGCGCAAAACUGCUUUUUGUCUUCUGCUUCCUAUUAAAGUGAACUCUUGAAAUUAACUCGAAUGCGUUCACAAUGGCUGAUUCAGAUGACGAAGACGCUCCACAAGCAUCAACCUCAGAUGAUAAAUCUAGUAAAGAGGAGAGGGAGAUGGAGCAGAAAAAGAAGAGAAGAAAAGAAUCAGAAGAACAAAGUUCAUCCCAUUUUUCAGAAGAUGAGGACGCUCCACAAGCAUCACCUCAGAUGAUAAAUCUAGGGAAGAGGAGAUGGAUCAGAAGUAAACUAGAAAAGAAUCUAGAUUCUCUGAAGAUGUGUCUUUCAGAUCGACCUGUUAUUGGAGACAGGGGACGGUAUGAGAUUUUUGGGGGGAGCAGUCCAGGGACAGGGAUUAAUGUGUUUUGGACUCUGGUGCAUCAUUAUAAGAUGUCGAUUAUCCAGAUGUAUCAAAUGGAGCAAUGGAGAACCUUUAUCUGCAGUGAACACAGAUCAAACGCAGCCCUGUAUACAGAACCUGUCAUCAUUCAAAAAGAUGUGGAUGGUUUUGUUCCAGAAGCUGAAGUCUGUGUAGAACACUUUUUUGGAGAUCCAAUCCAAGAUCCAAAUCCAAUGGCUGUUAUUCUCCAGGGAAGCUCUGGCAGUGGAAAAUCUUCCAUAGUACAAAGGAUUAUGUUUGACUGGGCAUCUGAAAAAUACCAUGCACAAUUUGAUCUGGUUUUUUAUCUGAGUUGUGAAGAGCUGAUGUGUUUUUCUGAGGAGAUGAGUUUCAAUGGGCUCUUGAGCUGGAGUUGCGGUUUACCUUUAGAUCGGACCUCAGAGAUGCUGCAGCAGUUCUCAUCAAAAGUGCUCUUCAUUAUUGAUGGAUUUGAUGAGCUUAGACUCACACAGGACAUUUUUCACACAACACAACCCACUGAUCUAUUUCAGAAAGCCCCACCUGAAGUCUGUAUUUGCGCACUGCUGCGAGGACAAAUCCUGCCCGAGUCUUUCCUGCUGGUCACCACCAGAUCUUCAGACACACAGAAACUGAACAAACUGCUCAACAGACCUCAGUGUUUUAAAAAGAUUGUGGGCUUCUCUGAGAAGAAGAUUGAGGAGUAUUUCCAGAAGUUCUUUCAGGAUGAGGAGCUCUUCAGGAACGCUUAUGAGUCUGUUAAAGCAAAUGAAACCCUGUUUACUGCCUGUUCCAGUCCUGUUAUCUGCUGGAUCAUCUGCACAGUUAUCAGAGAAAGAUUCAAUGAUGGUACAGAUGUAACAAGCGGUCUGGAAACGACCACAUCCAUAUAUGUUGACCUUGUGUCCACUCUACUGGAGCAUCACUGUCAGGGUUUGAGUGAGUCUGUCCCGACCCUGCUGAAGAGUCUGGGUCAGCUGGCAGAGAGAGGGGUGAUGGAACGACAAGUUCUGUUUGAUGAAAGAACCAUAAAUGAAACCGUUCAAGAUCCUGUUCACAAUCCAUUCCUGAACAAAUUCCUUUUAGAAAAAAGAAUCCAGCAGGAAACAAUGUUCAGAUUCAUGCAUCUCAGCUUUCAGGAGUUCUUCACUGCUUUCUAUUAUGUCUUACUUGAUGAAGAUGAGUCUCAGAGUAAAGUCAGAGAUCUGCUUCACACUGUAGAGAGAGGAUGGGCUUUGUCCUGUUGGUCUGUUGCAGACUUUUCAAACAGAGAUUCAGAAAUAAUAUACUCAAAGCAGCUACAGUCUGUGAUUCUGUUCCUCUGGGGUUUCUGUAAGAAUAAAUCCAUCAACUCAUUCUUUGAAAAGCACAACGUGACUCUUCCUGUCAACAUAGAAACCCAGCUGAAGGAAUGGAUCUAUCGGUGUUCACUGAGAUAUCAACAUGAAAACAUGCUCUUCAUUCUUCAUUGUCUCCAUGAACUCCACGACAAGAGCUUCACUGGGAAUGUUUUGGAAGGUUUGAUUCUGAUAGAUCUGUCCAACAUUCCACUAAACAGGACAGACUGCUGUGUGUUGAGGUUUUGUUUACAGUGCUGUCAGCACAUAAAAAACCUGAGACUCAACAUUACAUCUGACAAUCUGAAGAUUCUUCAGCCUGCACUGUGUAGUUGUGAAGAGCUGUGGUUGAUGGUAAACGACAGUUCAGAUGAUGUUGGGGAUUUUAUUUCAGCUCUUGGAGAAGGAAAGAUUCAGAAUCAUCUGAUGAUAAAGGUGGAUGAAAAGAGGAAUAGAAGCUGUCCAGAGAUCAUUGGAUCAGUAAGAGAUGGGAACGUCAAGUUGUCCGUUAGCAGCUCAAAAAACUCUUUAAACGGGCCAGUACUCUUAGAAUUAACUCUUACUUGUCCUCGUCCAGUGAUUUACACAAUAAACUGGAGAAACGUUCUGCAGACGUUCAUGAGAUGGACACAGCAACCAGAAGCUUCUGAUAAAGAGGUUGUCACUCUGUUGGAAGUCCUGCACUCUGCAUCUGGUUUAAAGCAAGUCCAAUUGCAGGUGGAAAUCUUGAGUGACACAUUGGUUCAAACAAUUCUUUCCCUCAUCCAGACCUGUCCCACUCUGAGUGAACUUGGGAUAAAAACCAUAUUGACGAUUCCACAGGAGGUAAUUCAGACCCUGCAGGAAUCAUUAAAGCACAUGAAUUGGACACUUAACAUAUGGAGGAAGUCAGUGUUGCUGAAGCGUAACGGAGAUGGUUCAACAGAGGAGCUGAAGACAAAAUACAUAGGAGAAACUCUUGUAUCCUUCUCAACAUUACAAGCAGCUGCACAAGGAAGCUUAGACGAGUUUACACCUAAACUCAUUGAGAGAGAUGACAUCAAAGGAGAAAAUAUGCACAGGUUUGUUUCUCCACAUGCUGGUCAGUUUCAGUGCAGUUUGACCAAUCUUGUGUUUGUGAUGGAGGGUGAAGGAGAGAUGCUGUAUAAAAUGGUGCCCUGGGAUCCACGUCGCUUAGAUGGUUUGGGUCAGAUGCAGCCUGCAGGACCCUUAUAUGACAUUGACUGUUUUGAAGGUUCAGUCUCACAACUACACUUUCCACACUGUGAAAUUCUCACUGAGGAAAACAAAGACAGUUUGGCUGUAGCACAUUUCAUUGAUGACAAUGUAGAAAUGUUGCAGCCGCUCAAAGUGACCAGCACACAUGUGAUCAUUGAUGUCACAGAGUUCUCACUGUUUGGGCUCAUAAAAAAGAUCAUAUUUCCUGCUUCUCCUGUUCGCUACCAAGUGUUGCUCUUUGUCCGACCAAUAUCUGUCAAACAGAAAGAGAAAAUAUUAGAUGUCCAUUUGCUUCCAAGAAAUGUUCCAGUAUCAGAGGUCAAAAGCCAGCACAAGGAGAAUCGGCACGUUCAGACCAGUUCAAAAUGUCGUCUGACUCCUGGGAGAGAGUACAGUCUGUGUUUUCUACCAGAGGGACUUACAGUUCAACCAAAGAGUGAAGUGUUCGAGUUUGAUUUCGACCCAAACUUUCAUCCCAUGUUCGAAGUGAUUUUGGAUGUGAACGUUGAGGUGAAGCUGGGUUUGUUAGACAAAACUGCCGAAGAGACAACAGUUUGGACACAACGGCGAAUCCUUUUAACAGCAUCAGGCUCCAGCCCUGACUCUACUGCUGUCAUAAAUGCCGAAGAAUGUAAAUUUGUGGACAAGCACAGAAAUGAACUGAUUCAGAGAGUCACGUCGGUGAUGGAGAUAGCUGACUGUCUGAAGUCCAAAAAGAUGAUCACAGAUGAAAUGUGGAGUGAAGUCCAUGCUGAGAAUACACACAGAAAACAGAUGAGAAUCUUGUACAUGGUUCUGAUCUCUGGAGGACCUUCUGUCAAAGCAGAGUUUUACAGACUCCUGAAGGAGAAAGAACCCCAUCUAGUGGAUAGUUUGGAGUUUGCUUUUACUAGUGCUCAGUAAUGCAGACCAAGACAUUAAACAGUGUUUACAUAUGUUACAAAGACAACAGCUAACCAGAGAUGGGAAGUAACGAAGUACAAAUACUUCGUUACUGUACUUAAGUAGAUUUUUCUGGUAUCAGUACUUUACUCCACUAUUUAUUUUUCUGACGACUUUUUACUUUCACUUCUUACAUUUUUACGCAAAUACCUGUACUUUCUACUUUUUACAUUUUCAAACCAGGCUCGUUACUUUAGUUUUAAUCUGUAUUUGAUGCACAAUCAAUAUUAUUUCUUGUCAUUGCGUGACUUUUUCAACCUAAUGAUAGGUCUGCCUAAAAGCCGAAGCGCUGUGUGAGGUGGCCACUAGCCAAUCAAAUGUAAGAAGGCGGGAGUUACUGUUUACAGAGCAAAGCGGUGACCAAUCAAAUCAAAGAAGACGGAGUAACUGUUCUCAGAUCUCGAGCGUGAUAUUCUCAUCAUGUGGUGACUCGUGAAUGGUAGGGUUUUUUAGCGCCAAAGGACCAGAUUUUAAAUAUGUAAUUUAGCUAUUCGCAUGUUCUACAAACAUAUACUUCACGAAAGAUGUACUGUAGUUCUUUCAGAAGUUAAAGCAGCUCGUUAAGUUAAGCGCAUUAUUGUUGCUGUUGUUCAUUAGUAUGUAUUAAUUGCAUAUUUUUUGCUAUCGUGGUGUGUGCGUUAAGUUCAUGAACGAGUGAAAAAUACCUGCUCAUUGCGUUGCUUUCCAUGAACUAAUUAUAGUGGGCACUUUUGCACAAAAAUGCGCUAAUUUCCUGAUUGCCAUUUGAAGUGGUUUCUGGACAUAUCCUAUUAGUCUUAUUUUCUAAUUUUCUUAAUGCAUUUGCCUUGUUUGAUCUGUUUGAUCUAUUUUCCUGAUUUUUUAUUAUAUUUUUCAUCUUGUCAUGAUUAAAAUUAUAAGGAAAUAAAAAACGAUCCUUAUCAACGUUGAUUGACAUUGCAAUAAAAUACUAUCACAUUAUUUUGGCAGUUAAAAUUUUGGGCUGGUUUUUGUUGGAGUGAGUAGGCUUUAGUGAGCCUUUGGGCUGGAAAUCGUCCACCUAAUCUAGCAACACUGACAUCAGUUUUAAUGUUGAACGAGUGUAACGUACAAUGUAAGAGGCUAAACAUUUAAUAUUUUAAAGCGAGGCAUAAUUUCAAGAAAUGUGUUUAACCAAUCGAGAAAAACAGUAAUGGUUACCAAGUAAAUUGACUUGCCUAAUUAAUUAUCUCUUUAUUUCUCAGUUUUCUCUUUUUGACAAGAUCUCCCAAGUGUCUACAACCUUUGUAUAAUGAUAUGUCCAUGAAUGGUCUGUGCUUAAAAUUUAAAGGGACAGUUAAUCUAAAAUUGAA